AUGGACUGUAAUGGUAGAAAUUGGAACAGAAGCCUCAUUUCAGAGCUCUUCACAUCCCAGGAGCAAGCAUCUAUCCUAAGCAUCAAAGAUCUAGACCCCUACAAGGAAUACCAACUCAUUUGGGAAAAGGAAAAAAAUGGGAACUUUUCAGUCUCCUCAAUCUAUGCUGCUUUGAUUGAAGAAAAAUGGAACAAUCUGGACUUACCUGAACCAAGCUCCCACCAUCAGGUAAACAAACAUGCAAGAAAGAAACUCUGGAGCCUGCAAAUCAAAGGUAAGAUCAAACAUUUCUUAUGGAGAGGGAUAAACAACACCAUACCUAUUUGCUACAACCUCAGGAGAAGAGGCUUAGAGUUAGAUCCCAUUUGCCAAAUCUGUUGGGAAGCCCCUGAAACUCAAGAACAUCUCUUCUUUCAAUGUCAUAGAGCUGCAAAAAUCUGGAAGUUGUCCCCUGUAUCCUGGGAUGGGCUUCAAAAUGAUGCUGACUGCUUCAAAACCUGGUGGAGGAGAAUUUGCUCCAUUCCUGCUGGAAGACUUUCAACCAAAAGAAUUCAGAUCACGGCCUAUCUCCUGUGGGAAAUCUAG